GCUCCGCGGCACGGCAGAGGGGGCUCUCCGCGGGGCAGAAAGCACCGAGUCCUGGACCACCACUUAUAACCACCAGCUCUUAUCCUCAGGCCUUACCGGCAAACAUGGCAGCGACUAUUAUUUCUCCCUUCUUCGAAUACAGAGACGUGUCUAACAAGUCUUGGCCUUAACAGUCUGCGUGGACGUCAAAUCACAGCGGAGGACAGCGGCGCUGCGGGCCAGCCAGGUAUCGAGCCGGGAGAGCUGCAUGGGACUGGGCCGGGCAGGCAGAGCUGUAGAACCGAUCUGUGCACAGGACUGGCCAGUUAUUUAAUCAGUAACAAUAAAAUGUUGAACUUCAGCAAUAACCACAGUCUCGGUGGACCUCAGCUGACGCCUGUCCCAUGCUCCAGUGCCAACGUCUCCUCCUGCGCCCCCACUGGGUCCCUGCUGGACAGGAAGGUGGUGGGGGCCCUCUCUGCAGGAGACCUGUUCCAACGCCGUCACUCAGUCACUCUCCCCGGCGCAAAGUUCAGCCAGAACCAGUUUGUCAACAGUCUUAAAACGGAUCCCUCGAUGUUGCUGGGUAGCAGCGGCAGCAACAACAAGGAGAACCGUUUCCGUGAGCGCUCCUACUCCGAGCUGGGGGACCGGCUGCGGCCCGGCGGUCAGGCAUGCGCGGGCGGAAGCAGCCCGGUCAACUCGAGCCGCUAUAAGACGGAGCUGUGCCGGCCUUUUGAGGAGAACGGCACCUGCAAGUACGGCGAUAAGUGCCAGUUUGCCCACGGCAUGCAUGAGCUGCGCAGCCUGAGCCGUCACCCGAAGUACAAGACUGAGCUGUGCCGCACCUUCCACACCAUCGGUUUCUGCCCGUACGGCCCCCGCUGCCACUUCAUCCACAAUGCAGAGGAGCGCCGCGGGCCCCCUCCCCUCUCUGCCUUCAACAAGGUGGAGCGCCCUCGGCUGCAGCAUAGCUUCAGCUUCGCCGGCUUCCCCAGCUCCGGCGGCCUGCGGGACAGCCCCACCUCCGUCACACCUCCACCCGUGUUCUCCACUGAAGGCUCGACGGAGUGGCAGAGCCACCCCUUCACCUACUCCAGCCAGGAGCUUGCCAGCCCGUUUGGCCCCAGCUUGGGGCCCCCACCUGUGUCUGAGCCUCAGGGUCUGGCCCCACCUUCCCCCACCUCCCCCUGCAUUUUCCAGCCCACAUCAGAGAGCCCCCCAAGCCCCCCCAGCCUCCCAGACUCCCUGUCUGAUCAGGAGGGCUACCAGAGCAGCCUGGGCAGUCAGAGCGACUCUGAGUCCCCCCUCCUGGAUGCCUCCCGCCGCCUCCCCAUCUUCAGCAGGCUCUCGAUCUCUGAUGAUUAAGGUGUCUGCCCCCCCCAGCCCUGUUUACAGGAGAAGUAGACCGCUCUGUGCAUUGUUGUAGCCAGUGAGUCACCUCAGAACACCGGAUGCCUUCUCUCUUUUGUUGAUUGUCUUUUAAGGAGCCCCCCCCCCCCCGAAAUGUACAGAUCAAGUUUCUUCACUAUGAUGAACAGUUGGUAAACCAGCAUCAUAUUCACGAACAGUGGAGUGACUGAGUGAAUGUGAAAAGUAGCUCAGAGAUCACAUUAUAAAGUAGUUUAAUAUGACUUAUGAUGGGCAUUAGGAGUGUGUGCGUGCGUCUGCGUGUGUCUGCAUGUCUGUCCGUGUGUGUGUGCUGUUCUCAGUGUUGUGCGUCUUCGGACAGCCCCCCCCCCAGAGGCUGGGGACAGCUCUGGGUUAACGUUUAAAGGAUCAUCAGUGGACAGUACGAUUCUCAAAGUGCCUUGGAGAUUAUUCAUGUGAAGCCGACGGUAAGCCCAGGCUUUCUUUGUCACCUGUAAUCACGGCCAGGUUCCCGUUCCGGUUCCUCUCGCUUGUGUCGCGCUGUUUUCCUCAGUCGGGCCGGAGUGCUGGUGCUAUGUGCCUUGUUUCGCUGAGCCGGGGGUCGGUUAUCGUUGUCUGUCUGCUGCAGUGAAGUGAUUUUACAGCAGCCAACAUUGGCGUUUUGAAUGCACACAGUCUUUGAAUAGGACUCCAAAGGAUCUGCGAGGUGGCCGGGUUUGGAGACAUCGUCUCCGUCCCAGCACCCUGGAAUUUAGUUUGUUCAGCUCACAGCAUUAAAGAAUUCCGUUUAAAUCAGUUCGACAGCAGCAUCUCUUCCAGGCCAGUGUUGCGUCACUCUGGAUGGCCCACGCAACAUCUGGAGCCAGUUCUCAUUCGCACUACUUCUUUGGCGCGACAGCUGUUCAGGAGGAACUGGGACAGUGCCAGUUCCUGGUGUUCAUCGGUCAGCUCGUCUUUAGAUUCGAGCUCUGCUGCAGAGUUUUGAUCAUUAAACAUCAGACGCUGAGCCUUCUCAGGCUGCUCGCACCUGUCCGACGCCCACGCGUCAACUUUCAGAUGAGUGUAACGCUCCCGUUGAUUCCACCAUGUUUAAUAUUAAUGUUGUCUCGAUUAUUUCCCGGAGCCUUCAGAGUAAGGGCUUUGGCGGUCACUGCUUAUUUAUCAAUGUAUUUAUUGCUGAUCUUAAGCAUUUUUAUUUUGUAUUUAUCUGGUUAAUUAAACAAUAGAAUAUAUUUUAUUUUAUGUUAAAUUAUGAUCCACCGUAUUAAUCGCAAGAUUGUGAAGAGCUGUUUGUUUUGUUUUUCACACUUAAUAUAUUAUACUGCAAUGCCAUAUAUAUAUUUUUUGAUUGAUUUUGAAAGUGAAUCUUAAUUUAAAAGACAGAUGUUUAGCGUUUAUUUAUUUUGCUCCUCCCCCACGCUGGACUGCAGGUUCAGGUGCUCCGUUGCAGUCAGAAGGCACAAACACACUGCAAGUGUCAAAGUCAGUGCCCCAGUGCAUGCUGGGACAUCCAUGCAAACUUUGUCUUUUCAGUGGGGGGGUGAGGUUCUGCAGCUGCCAUAACAAGUUCAAACAGUCAUUGAAAACGAAGCUAGUGGCAUCAGCGGUUCCUGCCCUCGGGGGGCAGGUGGUGCUGGUCUAACAGGGUUCUAGUGCCCCCCCAGGGAGCAGCUCGCGGCUCGGAAACGUGGAAUCAUGUGAAUUAAUGUAAAGACCUAUAUUUAUUUGUACUUAAAUGAAUUUCAGGCCGUUGAACCAUGUUCUGAAAUUGCACUAAAAUGUUUGGGGAGAAUAUUUUUGUGUUCUUCAGACGGCGAUACAUAGAACAGUCAGUGGGUUUAGACCCUGUCACUGGAGAACAGUCCUCGACGCAGCGUCUGCAGAAAUAUUAAUAUUGAUCUACUGAAUUGGAUUGCAUUAACAGUGUUUUGGAACCCUGUUUACAUCUCCCACCUGCCCCUCACACAAGGCCACAUUUGCAGAUGGAAAAGCUGCGCGUUGUGUUCAGGCCCUGCUGCAGCUCUGGAGCAGUCCUGUCUGCUUCUCCUUCGUCAGUCAGAGUUUUACUCUGGAGCCUGUCCCACAGUAUCACGCGCAGACCUACUAGCACUUUGAGUUAUGGUGAUGAUGAGGUUGUUAUUGACCACUUCUCCCCCCAUGAAGUGCCUAUAAAUACAUUCCAUGUUUCCCAGAUGUUGUGCCUUGAUAUUUUUCUGUAACAGAGCAGAUGGAAGCCUACGAUGUAGGUUCGGAUUGCUACAUGAAAAGCAACUGUUGAAUGUAUUCUCCAGCAGCUGUUGCUGUUGCUACAGUAAUUACUUUGUUCAUGGUUUAUUUUGUAAUGAAAGAUUGCAGUUAAAUCCAAUAAAACAUGUAUUUAUAUUGAA